AUCCUUUUGUCCAAGACUGAUUACCGCCGGUCUUGGACAGGGGUCUGAUAAGUGACCACGCUCGGUCACCCGCGAAGUUGGCACCCCUGACGUGUACGUCGCCCUGGUUCGGGCAACGACGCAUACGCCGCCGCCAACGGUCGCUGUCGUCCGUUUACGUUUGUUCUGUUCCGUUCGCCGUUACGUCAAACCCGUGUGCUCCCACGUUAGCGGCCAUCUUGUUGCGAAAAGUGUGCUCACACCACAAGAUUGUUCCUUUGUCGCUGUUAUUAGCAUAUUACAAUCUGAUUUGCUUAACCGCAUGAAACCAUCGCGCUCCCGAUCGAAUGCGCUGUCGUCCGUUUACGUUUGUUCUGUUCCGUUCGCCGUUGCGUAAAUCCACGUGCUCCCGUGUUGACGGCCAUAUUGUUGUUAAAAGGUGUGCUCGCAUCACAAGUUUGCUCCGUCGAUAUUGCUCUAUCAGCAUAUUAUAAAUCUGUUCGAUUUCACGAUACGAUCGCAUCGAGCUCUCGAUCGAAAACGUUAUUUAACGUGCGAGUGUCGAUACGACGUUGAUUCGCGUGCGCGACGUUCCGGUGCUCCCCGAUCCACGUGUUCCUGAAGUCUUCAGUUCCGAGAUAUAGCAGCUCCGCCUUCAAUCAAAGAUCAACCGCAGUUCAGCAAGUCCCAGGCAGUUCCGCCCAGCAACGAGUGUUCCCUCAGAGCGGUGUUCCCCGCCCUCCCCUUACUUCGCUACACGCUCGUGGUCGCGUGCAAUUAUUAUUUAUACGUUAAAUAUAUAUAUCGUAAUAUUUAUACCGUUAGUUAUACUCAUUUCUACAAAAAGUGUUACCUAUCCCUCACAAGGUUCCGGAGGACCGUGUGUCCGACGACAAUCUAGGUAAUAGACUCGUUGGUACAGACAUUUGGUAGCAGAGCGUGGUUUGAUUGUUCCAUCAGACUUUGGUACUCAGGAUCCGGGUGAGUGAUACAUUAUUGUUUGUAGUUGUAGCAUUUGGUUAUAAGGUGUAUUGUCAUUUAUCCCUAUUAUCUUAUUAUAUGUCAUAUCUAGUGUCAGUGGCGUUGAGCUGUCAUUAGGUCUGCGUUAGCAGUGACAUAUAUUAGUUUUUAUAUUACUAUUUAUUACCAUUGUGCUCCCAAUGUUAAUAUAUUUAGUAUAGGUGCUAUUUGUCAAUAUAUUUAUUUAAUUCAAUGACUGCUCAGUCAUUAAUGUGUUAUUGACAUAGGAAAUUAGUAAAAUUAAUAUUUUAUUUUGACUGAUUGUUAAAUUAUAUUCACAAUAGCUGCUCGAGUGAGUGAUAUAGUAUCAGUUUUUAAUUAUUAAAAUUUAAUUAUUACAAUUUAAAUUAAUUAUACACAUUUAUGUGGUGUUAACAGUGCUCCCUGUAUUAAAUUGACAUGCACCUAUUUUAAUAUUUAUAUAUUAGGUAUAGGUAUUGCUCGCUAGCUGCUGGUCUAGUUAUUACAUAUUACAUUAAUGAUAUUUUAAGCAAAUUGCUCAUUUGUUUAUUAUUUAUUUUAUUAUUUAUUAUUUUAUUACAUGCUGGUUAAUAAUUUAUUUUUUAAUAUUAAUAUAAUUAAUGUGUAUGUUAUGAGCCUAUACUAGUGUAUGGUAAUAUACUGUAUUAUAUAUUAUCUGGGUUUAAUUAUUUAAUGUGAUCAAAGUUAUUAUAAUUAUUUUGUUGUUAGAUUGUAUAAAUGGUCACCCGGUUACGCUUUUACAUUAUUUAGAAUUACAGAAGGUGCUCUCCUCUCGUUGUUGUUUAUUCUUUAUUGUUGAUUCGUCCUAGUGUAUACUGUUAAGUGGUGUCGUUAACUUUAACGAGUGAGUUAGUACUGCUCUGUACUAUUUUUGUAAAUCUAUUAUAUUGUUAUCUACCAAGUUUUGGGCAAUAUGGCUGGUGCCGAACGUGACGUUAGAGCUAAGGAGCGAGUGAUCCUACGUAGGGAUCAAUUGAUAGCUCGGAUUCGCCAAAUCCAUGCGUUGGCUACUAGCUCUGCCUCGGAUCAGUCCAAACAAGCUCAGCUAGCUAUAGCUAUUGUUGAUCUUGACACUCUAUGGAGUAAUUUUGAAGUGGAAAACAAUAAUCUAUUAGAUAUACUUUCCAAUUUAGAUCAAUUGGGGGAGUAUUCGUUAGAUAUUGAAACUAAUACUCGGUCACUGGUGAUUGAAGCUAAGGCCUUGUGUAAUGUCCAGUCUACUCCGGUCGUUAGCGUCGGUGCCAUCGUUCAGGUCACUGACACGGUCACCACUGACAGUUCUAGUUGCUCUGCUAGUACUGCAAAAGAAUGUGCUGGUCCUUUUGUUGAAAGGGCCUUGGUACCAUCAAAGUUACCAGAUAUUCCCUUACCAUAUUUCGAUGGUGAAUGUCAGAACUGGCCAGCGUUUCGGGAUAGGUUCAAGGCAUUAGUUGAUCAACGGCCUAACAUUCCGAACAUUGAAAAGUUUUACUACCUACUAGGCUGCCUUCAUGCUGGUCCGCAGGAUGUGGUUAAGGGGUUCGUCGUUUCUAAUGAAACUUAUACCUUAGCCUGGAACGCAUUAGUAGAGAGGUAUGAUCGACCUCGUAAGCUCGCUUCGUCGAUUAUUGAUAAGUUGCUGACUGCUCCCGUCGCCACUUCUGAAACCUUUGCUGCUCUGCAAACCUUUCUAGCAACUUUCGAUGAAAAUAUCGCUAUUCUUGAGUCCCUGGACGUUCCAAACCUGUCUUCGUUUUUGUUAUUUUCGUUAGCAGCCAGGUGUUUACCUCUGACUUCGAGGCGUUUGUUUGAGACUGAGAAUACCGAAGAAUAUCCGUCCAUCCACAACGUGAUCAAAUUUGUUAAAUUGAGGAUGCAGGUCAUUGAGAAUGCCGGCGCACAGCAGGCUGGAAGCUCGUCCAAGCCUCCUGUGCACAGCAAAAAUAGUGGUCCUCGACGUGAAGGGAAGAUUGCGCUAGUAUCCUCGUCGAAACUUGCGUCGUUAAAAUGUGCUGUGUGUUCUGGUGCUCACCAGAUAGCCGAAUGUUUAACCUUCAAGGCGUUGUCGGUUGAUGAGCGGUAUAAGGUCAUAUGCACUCAUCGCUUAUGCAUGGUCUGUUUCGGUGAAGGUCACAUGUCUUUCAAGUGUUCUUCCUCAUGCGCUGUCUGUAAGCGUCGUCAUCAUGCGCUACUUCAUAGAGAACCUAACCCGAAGAAGACUAGUCCGCCAGCUGCUCUGCUAGGUCGACAACCCACUCCUACAGUACUGCUAGGUACUGCUAUGGUUAGGAUUAAAGCUGUCGCGUUGGACGGUACCUGUCACUGGACUGUCAGGUCAAAGAGUUCCGGAUGUGCAGGGUGUGGUCCAGCUGACGAUCCAGCCUCGUGA